AUGGGGUAUGGGCUCUUGAACCUUUUAAGCUUAAGCUCUACAGUUCUAACUUUUACACUCCACGUGCGAACCGAACCGGCGCGCCUCAAUGUCGCCCGUGGGCGGCUGCCCUCCGCCCGCCCGCCGCCGCUGAAAAUAGCGAGCCCGCCCGAACUUUACCCGAGUGGCGAGGGCGGCCGAGCAUCUAUCCAGCUCUGGCGCGCGGCCAUUGACUUGGUCGUCUCGCUCGCGCGAACAGCUGAGUAUCAAAACAAAGGAGCGAGACGGGCGGUCGCCGCUCCCGCUCGCCGGCCGGCCGGUGUCGCCGGUUGCGCCGCGCCACACGCACUCAUGCCAGUUCGUUUUCGAACCGCGCUUAUUGAGGUCGUCCGCUGCGAGCUCGAUUGCGAACUUAGUACCGCGAAAGGAUUUUCCUUUGUCCCGAUCCUCGAGGACCCUGUCAUCGUAUUAUGUUUCCGCGCGAGAGCUGCGAUCAGCCCCGCCCUAUUGAGGAGCCGGAUCACGCGCAGCGUGCUGAAUCGCGACGAAGUUUUGUCAGUUUUCCGAAAUUCUGUGACGGUUAUCCCGCGAAACGCGUACGCCGAGCGAUUUGAAAUUUUUAAGUGA